AGCUGAUGAUGAGGAAGGAAAUGUUUGAAGCUUUGGGAAUAAUAGGGGGUUUGAUAGGGGUGCAGUUUGUGUACGCAGGGAACUCGGAGUUGCUAAGUUAUCUUAUGUCUAUGGGCCUCAAUCCUCUCACCGUUGUUAUUUUCUCUGCCUUUGCUACCUUCCUCAUCCUCUCUCCCAUUUCCAUCUAUUUUGAAAGGAGAAAGUGGCCCAAGAAACUCAGCUUGAAAUUGAUAACUCAGCUGCUUUUGAUCUCUUUUGCAGGGGUGACCUUAUUCCUGAGCCUUUUCCUAAAAGGGAUCAAGCUAACUUCACCAGCAAUAGCUACAGCCAUGCCAAACCUUUCUCCUGGCUUUAUCUUUGUCAUUGCUUGGACUUUCAGAAUGGAGAAGGUGAAACUGGGUUGCUUGUACAGCAAAGUGAAGAUAAUAGGCACGUUGCUCUGCGUUGUAGGUGCUCUCACAAUGAGCAUAAUGCACAGUACUGGGGCUGCUGCAAAAGAUGCCCGAAUUUCAUCUCCCUCACCUGAUAUUGCCUUGGACAAAGACAAGAUCAUCGGCUGCCUCUACCUCAUUGCUGCAGUUUUUGCUUUGUCCAGCAGUGUUGUUUUGCAGGCAACAACAUUGAUUGAUUUUCCUGCACCAAUGUCGUUGUGUGCAAUAACAUCCUUGAUCGGCGUGGUUUUGACUGCAGCUGUCCAACUAAUUCAAGAUCACAAAAUUGAAUUGGGUUGGCCGCUCCUGAGCGUCCGAGACUUGAUUGGAUUUUCACUGCUGGGAGGAUUUGUGACUGGAGUAUGUGUAAGCUUCAGCGGAUGGGCAAUGAAGAAAAGAGGACCAGUCUUUGUUUCCACCUUCAGCCCCAUUGGUACAGCCUUCUCGGUUAUUCUCUCAGUGGCCACCACCGGAGACACCGUUAACAUUGGAAGCCUUGCUGGCAUGUUCCUCAUGUUCAUUGGCCUCUACUUUGUGCUGUGGGCAAAAGGGAAAGAAGGUUACCACCGUGAAGAUAGGAUGACAUAGAAAGUGAGUACAGUGCAAAGAAGCCUCUCUUAAGUUGGUAUUGUAACAACCUACUCCU